CAAAUUAGCCCUUCGUCCCAACUUCUAAAACCCUCACAAAAUCCCGAACUUCUCGUCGUCGUCGUCGUCGUCGUUGUUGCGGCUCCGCCAUGGGCUCAGCGCUCUUCUCCGUCGCGAAUCGCCUCCGAAGCGCCCUCCGAUUCCGCCAUUGGAGCAGCUCCUAUUGCACGAAGCGAGCUCCUCCGCGCCCCAGCCUCCAAUCCACGAUCUGGCCGUUGGGGCACCCCAGCAUCAGCCUCGUCCCGGAGAUCGAACGGUGGAUCGACAAGGGCAACUCCGCGCGCCCCGUCGAGCUCCAGAACGUGGUGAGGGAGCUCCGGAAACGGCGCCGGUUCAAACAAGCGCUCGAGGUCUCUGAGUGGAUGAAGAACAAGAGCAAAAUAACAUUCAUGCCGAGCGACCAUGCUGUACAGCUCGAUUUAAUCGGCGAAGUUCAUGGAUCGGCAUCUGCCGAGACCUACUUUAAUAGCUUGGACGAAAAGAACAAAACCGAGAAAACCUACGGCGCCCUUUUGAACUGUUACGUGAGAGAGCGCCAAAUAGAGAAAUCCUUAUCUCACAUGAAGAAGAUGAAAGAAAUGGGUUUAGCAUUCUCCCCCCUUCCUUACAACGACAUCAUGUGUCUCUACACGAACACAGGGCAACACGAAAAGGUCCCGUCGGUGCUCGCCGAAAUGAAGAACAAUGGAGUCUAUCCCGACAAUUUUAGCUACCGAAUAUGCAUAAAUUCUUACGGGACAAGGUCGGAUAUAUAUGGAAUGGAGAAGGUUCUAGAGGAGAUGGAACAUCAGCCGCAAAUUGUGGUCGAUUGGAACACGUAUGCGGUGGUUGCGAGCAUCUAUAUAAAAGCGGAGCUUGUGGAAAAAGCUGUUUCUGCGCUAAAGAAAGCAGAGGAGAAGCUUGACAAACGGCACGGCCCUGGCUAUAACCAUCUGAUUUCUCUGUACGGCCAUCUAGAGAAUAAGUCGGAGAUGCGGAGAUUAUGGGAUCUUCAAAAGGAGAACUGCAAGAAGUAUAUCAAUCGAGAUUACACGACGAUGCUCGGGGGGCUUGUGAAGCUCGGGGAGCUAGAAGAAGCCGAAGCUUUGCUGAAGGAGUGGGAGAGUAGCGGCAAUGCAUUAGACUUUCGCGUCCCCAAUGUUCUUCUUACCGGGUACAGGCAUAAAGGGCUUUUAGAGAAAGCCGAGGCUCUUCUUGAUGACUUUGUGAAGAAAGGAAAGACGCCCCCUUCGAGUAGUUGGGGGAUCGUGGCCACGGGUUACGCGGAGAAAGGGGAGAUAGAGAAGGCGCAUGAGUUGAUGAAGAACGCGCUUUGCGUUUAUGUCCCUAACACUGGGUGGGGGCCAAAUGCUGCUAUAGUUAAAAGUAUACUAAAUCAUCUCAGCGAACAAGGCGAUCUCAAGGAGGUUGAGACUUUUAUUGGUUUGUUGAGAAUUGCGGUGCCCAUGGAUAGGGAGAUGUAUCACACAUUGAUCAGGGCCCGCACGCGAGCGGGGAGAGAAGUUGAUGAUCUUCUGAAGAGUAUGAAAGAUGAUGGUAUAGAGGAAAAUAAAGAAACUAAAGAGAUUUUGAGUUUAAAAUCUUAAUGUAUUCCCUUGGGUUCAUAUUUCUAGUCAUGUUUCGGUACUAAUGGGGAACUGGUGGAAAAAUGUCUCUCCU